AUGGAUGUCUGCUUGUUGAUUUGCUGUCACAAGACAACAGUCUUUACUGUGGCUAAAGAUACAACUGUAUAUGAGUUGAAAAAGGUGGCAGAGGGAAUACUGAAGGAGCCACCAAAGGAGCAGUGGCUCUACAAAGAUGCCCAGCUUCUAGAUGAUGAUUAUAGGACUUUGCUAGACUGCAGCUUAAGCAGCCAAAGCUGCCAUCCUCAUGUUCCUGCUGUGGUGAGCUUGGCUCUAUUCAAUCCUGGCAAUGACACUUUUGAACAAUUGCAUAUUGACCUCUUCUCAAACACCCCAGAGAUACUUCUUGUUAUGCAGUUAUAG